UCAGCAGGUAGAACGUGAACGGCCGUCGGCACCGGAAUACCUCAACGCUACCUGCGCGCGGCGUGUGUGCGUCGAGUGUAAUAAAAUAUAUUCGUGCGGGUUCAAUGUGGUGGCUGCGAAGUUAAACCAGUCCAGUGUGUGUGGCACAUCGCGCCGGGGUCGUCGCGAUGCGUUGAAAACAAUUCCGUGAUUGCGUUGCGCAUCGAUAUUGUGAUUCGCGCAUUUGUACGCAAUGCACUCAAAGAGUUGACUAACAUUUUUCGCACUUGGAUAGCUGAUAACAUGGAUGUGCGCAUGCAGAAGUAGGACCUUUUUGGGACGUUCAGGAAGAUUUAAGGAUAUAAGCGCUGUGCGCUCGAAUCGCAAAGGAUUUUUAUCAUCUGUGGAAGGAAUUCAACAUGGUUAUCGUUACAAGAGGUGAUUACAUUUGGAUAGAACCAGUCGCCGCAAGUGAAUUCGAUGUGGCAAUCGGCGCCAGAGUGGUAUCAGCGGAAGGACGCCGCAUUGCUGUCCGCGAUGACGACGCCGAAGAACACUGGUUAUCACCUGAUAGACGCAUCAAAGCGAUGCAUACCACAUCUAUCCAUGGCGUCGAAGACAUGAUAGGUCUCGGCGACUUGCACGAAGCCGGAAUUUUACGUAACUUGCUGAUUAGAUACAAUGAGAAUUUAAUUUAUACAUAUACUGGAAGUAUUCUGGUCGCUGUUAAUCCAUAUCAGAUUUUGCCUAUUUACACGGCUGAACAGAUCAAAUUGUAUAAAGAACGAAAAAUAGGAGAACUUCCUCCGCAUAUUUUUGCCAUCGGUGACAACUCGUAUGCAAGCAUGCGAAGAUAUGGCCAGGAUCAAUGUAUAGUCAUCUCUGGUGAAUCUGGUGCAGGUAAAACUGAAAGCACGAAAUUGAUACUGCAAUAUUUAGCGGCGAUUAGUGGAAAACAUUCGUGGAUAGAACAACAAAUUCUCGAAGCCAAUCCAAUACUUGAAGCAUUUGGUAAUGCCAAAACUGUCCGAAAUGAUAAUAGUUCCAGAUUUGGAAAAUAUAUCGAUAUUCAUUUCAACAGUGCGGGUGUCAUUGAAGGUGCCAAAAUCGAACAAUAUUUAUUAGAAAAAUCACGUAUAGUAUCCCAGAAUCCCGAUGAACGUAAUUACCAUAUUUUCUAUUGUCUAUUGGCUGGUUUAAGCAAAGAGGAUAAACGAAAAUUGGAACUAGGCGACGCUUCCCAGUAUAGAUACUUAACUGGUGGUGGAAGCACAACUUGUGAAGGAAGAAAUGACGCGGCGGAGUUUGCUGAUAUUCGAAGCGCUAUGAAGGUUCUUCUCUUUGCUGAUAAUGAAAUUUGGGAGAUAUUAAAACUGCUAGCUGCACUGUUACACACUGGUAAUAUAAAAUACAAAGCAACUGUGGUCGAUAAUUUGGAUGCGACUGAAAUUCCGGAUCCAACCAAUGUGCAACGCGUCGCCAACUUAUUGGGUGUUCCAACUCAACCGUUAAUACACGCAUUAACUCGCAAAACGCUGUUUGCUCAUGGUGAAACAGUAAUUUCUACGUUGUCUCGAGAACAAAGUGUCGACGUACGUGAUGCGUUCGUCAAAGGCAUCUACGGACGUCUGUUCGUAAUGAUUGUGAAGAAGAUUAACAACGCUAUUUAUCGUCCUAAAGAAAGACAGCGCAGUUCAAUCGGAGUGUUAGACAUCUUCGGAUUCGAAAACUUUAACCACAAUAGCUUUGAACAAUUUUGUAUUAAUUUUGCCAAUGAAAAUCUUCAACAAUUCUUUGUGCGACAUAUAUUCAAACUGGAACAAGAAGAAUAUAAUUUGGAAGGUAUUAAUUGGCAACAUAUUGAAUUUGUUGACAAUCAAGAUGCGCUUGAUUUGAUUGCAAUCAAACAACUGAACAUUAUGGCUUUAAUUGAUGAGGAAAGUAAAUUUCCGAAAGGAACAGAUCAAACCUUAUUAGCUAAACUGCACAAAACACACAGUGCUCAUCGAAAUUACCUUAAACCUAAAUCUGACAUUAAUACAAGUUUUGGUUUGAAUCACUUUGCUGGUGUGGUGUUUUAUGACACACGUGGUUUUCUAGAAAAGAAUCGAGAUACUUUUAGCGCUGAUUUAUUGCAGUUGAUAACAAUCAGUAGUAAUAAGUUUUUACAACAACUUUUCACCAGUGAUAUUGGUAUGGGUGCGGAAACGCGAAAACGUGCACCAACUUUAUCAACCCAGUUCAAGAAAAGUUUGGACGCGCUUAUGAAGACAUUAUCAAAUUGCCAACCGUUUUUCAUUCGAUGUAUCAAACCCAAUGAGUUUAAGAAACCGAUGAUGUUUGAUAGGACAUUGUGUUGCCGCCAGCUUAGAUAUUCUGGAAUGAUGGAAACUAUUCGGAUACGUCGAGCGGGAUAUCCAAUUCGUCAUACAUUCCCCGAGUUUGUGGAACGUUAUAGAUUUUUGAUUAGUGGUAUUCCACCAUCGCAUCGCACAGAUUGUAGAGCUGCAACUGCCAAAAUUUGUGGAGCGGUUUUAGGACGAUCUGAUUAUCAACUUGGACACACUAAAGUAUUCCUUAAGGACGCACAUGAUUUAUUCUUAGAACAAGAAAGAGAUCGUGUCUUGACGAAGAAGAUUCUGAUUCUUCAAAGGUCUAUCAGAGGAUGGGUAUAUCGCCGUCGUUUCUUAAGAUUGAGAGCAGCUACUAUGAUUAUUCAGAAAUACUGGAAGGGUUACAUUCAAAGACAACGCUAUCGUAAAAUGCGUGUGGGUUACAUGCGCUUGCAGGCUUUGAUUCGAGCUCGCGUUUUGUCACAUCGCUUUCGCCACCUACGCGGUCACAUUGUUGGGUUGCAAGCACAUGCACGUGGUUAUCUCGUGCGUCGUGAAUAUGGUCAUAAAAUGUGGGCCAUCAUCAAAAUUCAGUCCAACGUGCGUCGCAUGAUUGCUCAGCGAAGAUUUAAGAAAAGUAAGUUUGAGCGUAGGAAUCAUGUGGAAGCUUUGCGUCUUAUGAAAAAAGAAGAACGUGAUCUGAAAGAUGCGGGUAAUAAGCGGGCCAAAGAAAUUGCCGAGCAAAACUACAGAGAAAGAAUGUUUGAGUUGGAGCGAAAAGAAAUGGAAUUGGAGAUAGAAGAACGCAGGCGCGUGGAGGUCAAAAAGAAUAUCAUUAAUGAUGCUGCUCGCAAAGCGGAUGAACCUGUGGAUGAUUCGAAAUUGGUUGAAGCAAUGUUUGAUUUUCUUCCUGACAGUUCCAGUGAAGCACCUACGCCUGGUCGCGAGACAUCUGUAUUCAAUGAUUUGCCUUCUCAACCCGCUGAUGUUGAGCAUAUUAGUCCGAUGGUUACACAAUCAGAGGAUGAAGAAGAUCUGUCUGAAUUUAAAUUCCAAAAAUUUGCCGCAACAUACUUCCAAGGGAAUAUUGGUCAUCAGUAUUCUAGGAAGCCAUUGAAAAAUCCAUUAUUACCAUUACAUACACAGGGAGAUCAAUUAGCAGCUCAAGCAUUAUGGAUAACAAUUCUUCGUUUUACUGGUGAUUUAUCAGAACCUCGUUAUCAUUCCAUGGACCGGGACAACACCUCUGUUAUGUCUAAAGUUACAGCCACACUCGGUCGAAAUUUCAUACGUAGCAAAGAAUUUCAAGAAGCACAACUCAUGGGAAUGGAUCCUGAUUCAUUCAUGAAGCAGAAACCACGUUCAAUACGCAAUAAGCUUGUUUCCUUAACACUUAAACGUAAAAAUAAGCUGGGUGAAGACGUGCGUCGCAAGUUGCAAGAUGAAGAAUAUACAGCAGAUAGUUAUCAAAGUUGGUUAGAGUCAAGGCCUACAAGUAAUCUGGAAAAGCUACAUUUUAUCAUAGGACAUGGUAUUUUACGUGCUGAACUGCGAGAUGAAAUUUAUUGUCAGAUUUGUAAACAACUUACAAACAAUCCGUCCAAAUCAUCUCACGCUCGUGGUUGGAUCCUUUUGUCACUUUGUGUAGGUUGCUUUGCACCAUCUGAAAAAUUUGUCAAUUAUUUGCGCGCGUUUAUUCGUGAGGGGCCACCAGGGUAUGCUCCUUACUGCGAGGACAGAUUAAAGCGUACUUUUAAUAAUGGCACCAGGAAUCAACCACCUAGUUGGUUGGAAUUACAAGCAACCAAAUCGAAAAAACCUAUAAUGCUUCCAAUUACAUUUAUGGAUGGCAAUACAAAAACGUUAUUAGCGGACUCGGCGACUACUGCUCGAGAACUGUGCAAUCAACUAUCAGAUAAAAUCGGACUUAAGGAUCAGUUUGGGUUUUCUUUAUAUAUAGCUUUGUUUGAUAAAGUCUCCAGUUUAGGAAGCGGUGGAGAUCAUGUAAUGGAUGCAAUCUCACAGUGCGAACAAUACGCAAAAGAACAAGGCGCACAAGAACGUAAUGCACCAUGGCGUCUUUUCUUCCGUAAGGAAAUUUUUGCGCCAUGGCAUGAACCUACAGAGGACCAAGUUGCUACUAAUUUAAUUUAUCAACAAGUUGUACGAGGAGUCAAAUUCGGCGAAUAUCGCUGCGACAAGGAAGAAGACUUGGCCAUGAUUGCAGCGCAACAGUAUUACAUCGAAUAUAAUACCGAUAUGAACAGCGAACGACUUUUAACUUUGCUUCCUAAUUAUAUUCCUGAUUAUUGUUUAACUGGCGUGGAAAAAGCCGUUGAUCGAUGGGGUGCUUUGGUCGUACAAGCUUAUAAAAAGAGUUAUUAUCUGAAAGAAAAGGUGCUCACACUACGCGUCAAAGAAGAUGUGGUCUCCUAUGCAAAGUUCAAGUGGCCCUUACUGUUUUCAAGAUUUUAUGAAGCCUACCGUAAUUCUGGCCCUAAUUUGCCUAAAAAUGAUGUUAUUAUUGCGGUAAAUUGGACUGGUGUAUAUGUUGUCGAUGAUCAAGAGCAAGUUCUAUUGGAAUUGUCCUUCCCGGAGAUUACUACUGUAUCCAGUCAGAAGACAAAUAAAGUGUUUACACAAACGUUUAGUUUGAGUACUGUGCGUGGUGAAGAGUUCACUUUCCAAAGUCCAAAUGCGGAAGAUAUUCGGGAUUUAGUUGUGUAUUUCCUUGAAGGAUUAAAGAAGAGAUCGAAAUUUGUAAUUGCAUUACAGGAUUACAAAGCCCCAGGAGAAGGAUCGAGCUUUUUAACAUUCCUUAAAGGUGAUUUAAUUAUUUUGGAGGAAGACAGCACGGGUGAGACAGUCCUUAACAGCGGUUGGUGUGUUGGAAGAUGUGAAAGGACGCAAGAGAAGGGCGACUUCCCUGCCGAAACUGUGUAUGUUUUGCCAUGUAUGUCAAAACCACCUGCUGAUAUUCUACAUCUAUUUUCUAUCGAAGGUGCAGAACAUGGAAAACGUUUAUCUCAACAAUAUACAAAUGGCACCGAAACACGAGAUCGUCCACAUACCCUUGCCGAGUAUUCACUUGAUCAUUUCCGCACCCCAGCGAAGCGCACCAUGUCCAAGGCUCUCACGUUAACUUCAGCCAGACGUUCUGUUGAUGAUCUUUGGCGUCACAGCCGUGAUCCAAUAAAACAACCUUUGCUCAAAAAACUCUUGGCAAAAGAAGAACUUGCCGAAGAGGCAGCUUUUGCUUUUAGCGCCAUUUUGAAAUACAUGGGUGACCUUCCCUCUAAACGUCCUCGCAUGGGAAACGAAUACACCGAUCACAUCUUUGAUGGCCCGUUAAAGCACGAAAUUCUGCGGGACGAGAUCUAUUGUCAAAUAAUGAAGCAACUGACAGACAAUCGCAAUCGAUUGAGUGAAGAACGCGGCUGGGAACUAAUGUGGUUGGCGACUGGUUUAUUCACUUGUUCGCAGAGUCUGCUCAAAGAACUGACGUUGUUUUUGCGAAGUAGACGACAUCCUAUUUCGCAGGAUUCAUUACAGCGUUUGCAAAAGACGAUGCGCAACGGGCAACGCAAGUACCCGCCACAUCAAGUUGAGGUCGAAGCCAUUCAACACAAAACCACGCAGAUCUUCCACAAAGUUUACUUCCCCGAUGACACGGACGAAGCAUUCGAAGUAGAUUCUAGUACGAGGGCCAAGGAUUUCUGUAUGAACAUAAGUCAACGAUUGAGUUUACGUAGCAGUGAAGGAUUUAGUUUGUUUGUAAAAAUUGCUGAUAAGGUAAUUAGUGUACCAGAAGGUGACUUCUUCUUUGAUUUUGUUCGACACCUCACUGAUUGGAUUCGUAAGGCACGACCGAGUCGCGAUGGGGUAACACCACAGUUUUCGUACCAAGUGUUCUUCAUGAAGAAAUUAUGGACGAACACUGUGCCUGGAAAAGACCGGAACGCCGACUUAAUCUUCCACUUCCACCAGGAAUUACCUAAGUUAAUUCGUGGGUAUCACAAGUGCACCAAGGAGGAGGCAUCCAAAUUGGCUGCUCUUGUCUAUCGCGUACGAUUCGGAGAGAGCAAACAAGAAUUACAAGCAAUUCCGCAAAUGUUACGUGAACUUAUACCAUCCGACCUCAUCAAAAUACAAAGUGCCAAUGAUUGGAAACGUCUAAUCGUCGCGUCUUACAAUCAAGACGCGGGAAUGUCACCUGAGGACGCCAAAAUUACCUUCUUGAAGAUAGUCUACAGGUGGCCAACUUUUGGGUCCGCAUUCUUUGAGGUCAAACAGACUACCGACCCGAAUUAUCCGGAAAUGCUUUUGAUUGCCAUUAACAAACAUGGCGUCAGUCUAAUUCAUCCGCAUUCAAAGGAAAUAUUGGUUACUCAUCCAUUUACUCGGAUAUCCAACUGGUCAUCCGGCAACACAUAUUUCCACAUGACCAUCGGUAACUUGGUGCGUGGAUCCAAAUUGCUAUGUGAAACAUCGUUGGGAUACAAAAUGGAUGACUUGCUGACGUCGUACAUAUCACUUAUGCUCACCAACAUGAAUAAGCAGCGAAGCAUCAGAAUUAAAUAAUUGAAACAAUUGCAAUAUUAAUUUACAUAUUUCAGUUUUAAUUAAUUAUAAACGUAUUAAGCAUGGGUAAAAAAGACAUUUAUUUAACAGUAAAUUCGAUUCAACGCCGUCCACAAUGAAACGGAAAUAGAAGUGUGUAUUACAGUCGUAAAUAUUAUAUCUGCUGAUGUUUUAUUUUAUGUAUUUUAAAGCUAUAAUCAUCAAUUUAUUGCCUUGUCGCCUCUUAUGAUUGUAAUAGUCGUUUCUUAAAUUUUAUUUGUUAUUUUAUUUAUGAAUAAUUAAUUCUUAUUUUUGAGUAUGUUUGUGAACGUAUUAAUUUCUUAUAAUAGUAUGGAUCUGGAGAUAAUAUAUUAUGAUAUUGAAUUAUAUUUGAUGAUUGAUUAAAUAAAUGUUUUGUAAAUA